GGUAAUCUUCGGUUUUACCAGCUACCACUGAUGCGAAUUUGUCUUAUCUUAUACUAUAAUAUAAUCAAACUAUGUUGUUUAAAAAUAUAAGGACGUUAAAUUUAAGAUUAAUUAAACAUUUCAGUAGUCGAACACAAGUCAAUGAAGAGGGUCUCAAAGUAUCUUCAACUGUCGAUAAAAAUGAAAUUGAACAACAUGUCAAGUUUGCUGAGGAAUGGUGGAAUGAGGACGGGCCAAUGAAAGCACUUCAUUCAAUGAAUCGCCUAAGGAUUCCAUUCAUAAAAAAUGGCUUGAACAAUGCUUAUAAAGUGAGUGCGAUAGCAGAAGAAAAAGUAGAUUGUCUUAAAGGUUUUAAAAUAUUGGAUGUCGGUUGUGGUGGAGGUAUUCUCACUCUUCCUUUGGCUCGUCUGGGAGGUGAUGUAGUUGGGCUUGAUGCCUCUCAGGAACUAAUUGAUUGUGCCAAGAAAUAUUCAAAAUUCAAUUUACAAACUGACACCUUGGAUUACGUUUGCUCUAAUAUCGAAGAUUUUUCCGAAACGAACAAGGAAGUUUUUGACGUUGUUGUUAUUUCUGAAGUUAUCGAACAUGUGACAAACAAAGACCUUUUCUUAAAAGCUAUACAUAAAAUUUUAAAGCCUGGUGGAUCCUUAUUUACAACAACUAUUAGUCAGACAUUUGCCUCAUGGCUCGGAGCCAUCGUGGUUGCAGAGCAACUUCUAAACCUUUUACCACCUGGUAUUCACGAUUGGGAUAAAUUUAUAUCAGCCAAUGAUUUAACUAAGAAACUCGAAGAAGUUGGUUUUUAUACAGUUAUGGUUCAUGGAAUGCUUUACAUCCCUGGCCUUAAUACUUGGAAGUGGUGUAAUAAUACAUCGAUUAAUUACGCUCUUCACUCUUUGAAACGUUUCCGAAAAUAGAAAGAUCGAUAUAAAAGAAGAUACAACACCAAUGCCGGAAGUAUUGAGACAAAGCAAGACUUCAAAAAAUGUUUGUAGAAACCACCUUGGCUAUAUUGCUGACGUAUCAAACGGCUGUCAAACAUUCUACAUUUGUACAGAGCAUGGCGUUGUUGAGCCGAUGUCGUGUCCAAAUGGGACUCUCUUCAGCCAGGACUUUCUUGUUUGCGACUGGUGGUACAAUGUUGAAUGUGUUGACAAAAAUCAAUGAAAAUUUUAAAUUGUAAGCCAAAAUAUUAAUUUAAAGGGGCAGUAUCAUGUCCAUAAAUGUAUAAAGACUGAAAUUAAAUAAUUUAAAGUUGUAA